AUGGAGGGAGUUGCGAAGGCGAUAAGGAGGGUGUUGAUGAGAGCGAUAGUGAUCAUGGCGAUCGCGUCAGCGGCAUGUUCUUCCUCCUUUGUUCCGAGCAAGGCACCAGCAGGCGAUAUGCUGCGAGCAGGGAUGGAUCGCUACAGGGGGCAUACUUGCGAUACAAGAGCCCGGUUGCUUCCUUUGAGACAGAGGAGAAGACGUCCGUCCUCCUCUGGUCCUCACUUGUUCAUGAGACUUGGUAUUAAUCUUCGCACGAGCGAGAAAAUCUUGCCGGCCCUCAGAUGCUCCGCUGAGGAAACUGAGGGGUUCGCCGUGCAGCCUGUGGAAGGGGAUGCUUCAGCGAGGUCGGAGGGGACGAGCAUGUCCUACCGAGAGCGUUUCGAUGAUGUCCUACCGUCCUGGUUGAUCGACAGACUGGAGGCCUGCGGCUUUUCCUGCCCCACUCCCGUCCAGUCGGCCGCCAUAGAGACGAUUGUAAGAGAUUCCAAGGACGCUCUUGUUCAAGCCUACACGGGCUCUGGCAAGACUCUUGCCUUCAUGGUCCCACUCUUCGCGGUCUUGGAGCAGGAUCGACUGCAGGACAAGAAGGGAAGGAGGCUGGCUGGGGUCCAGGCCGUCAUCGUUGCGCCGACACGAGAGCUUGCCAUGCAGCUGACCAAAGUUGCGCGUCAGAUCGCCGUUGGAUGCCCUGAUGCUACCUUGAAUGUGAUGUCCAUCACGAGCGAUUCUAAGGCAAAAAGGCAACGAAUCUGGCUCAAGGCCGACCCCCCCCAAGUUGUGAUCGGCGAUGCAGAGUCGCUGCUGAAAGUGUCAGAAGCAGGAACGUUGAGAACUGGGUCUCUGCGAUUCCUGGUGGUUGACGAGGUGGACGCCUGUAUCGCCAACCCUUCGAGCAAGCAGGCUCUCAACCGCCUCCUCAGCCGUUUCCUGACGUCAAGGAAAGCUGCGUCGGAUGUCGAGCAGAGACGGACUGUGUUUGCCAGCGCUACUGUCAAGUUCCACCAGCACUUCUUACAGGUCUGCGAAAAGAACAAGUGGCUCCUUGAUCCCGUCCACGUUCACGUUGACAAGGAGAUAAAAGUUCCUCCUCAGCUUUCCCAUUUCUUCCUGCCCUGUGAGACCCUUGACGACCGUAUCCGGGGCGGCAACCGCAUCCUCUUGGCUUCAGACGUUGCCUCUCGCGGGCUCGACAUCCCAGACAUCAACAUGGUGAUCAACUUCGAUCUCCCGCCUGACUGGGAGCUGUACUGCCAUCGUGCCGGUCGUGCCGGUCGACUUGGACGAGAGGGCUCUGUGAUGACGCUGCUGGCUGAGGAUGAACUCUUCGUGCUCCAGCGUUUUGCCAACGCACUGAGUGUGGACAUCAGGGAAGCUCCUUCCUCCUCGGGACAGGAGGGGCCGACGCGAGUCUUGUACGGGUCACAGGAAGAGGAUGGAGACGAGGGUCGGGAAGAUGGGGAGGAGGAGGAGGAGGAGGAGGAGGAGGAGGAGGAGGAGGAGGAGGGAAAGACGGAGAAGAUGAGGAGGAGGAGGUAG